CAUCCAACUCCACACGAGAAGCAAAGAAAAAUGAGCUUUCUAACUUCAUUCUGCGGUUUUAUUUUUCUCUCCCUCUCUGUCCUCCCCUCUUUCACGUCCCCUACCUUGUUAUUUCAGGGAUUCAAUUGGGAAUCUAGCAACAAACCCGGAGGAUGGUACAAUUCACUCAAGAACUCUGUUCCCGACAUUGCUGCUGUCGGAAUCACUCAUGUCUGGCUUCCUCCUCCUUCCCAAUCUGUUGCUCCCCAAGGAUAUAUGCCUGGAAGGCUAUAUGAUCUGAAUGCAUCCAAAUGGAUCUUGGAAACCUUAUUCCCUCCAAUUUCCAAGUUGCUACUUCCGGAAACGACUAUGCUGUAUGGGAGAAGAAGUGAUCAAAACGUGUUUCUUCUCUGAUUUUGUUGUGUAUGGUGUUUUUGAGUGUUAUUCCAAUAAUGUUGAGAGAUGAUGAGAAAGCCAAAAGGAUGAUAUUGAUUUAGAAUAAUAUUAUCUUAGCUAU